AUGUAUGAACUGUCGCAAUUUUGCAAGAACCAGGAUUCAGCAAGUUUCGACUGUCGCAUCGAGUCUCGUACAGCUAUGUUUUACUAUGUGGAUACUGAAUGUGCACAGGGCUGCAACAACCCUCUCUAUGCUCUCAUCACUUGUGGAGAUGGCCAGCUGUAUGCUCUCAUCACUAGUGGAGACGGCCAGCUGUAUGCUCUCAUCACUAGUGGAGAUGGACAGCUGUAUGCUCUCAUCACUUGUGGAGACGGACAGCUGUAUGCUCUCAUCACUUGUGGAGACGGCCAGCUGUAUGCACUCAUCACUUGUGGAGACGGACAGCUGUAUGCUCUCAUCCCUUGUGGAGACGGCCAGCUGUAUGCUCUCAUCACUUGUGGAGACGGACAGCUGUAUGCUCUCAUCACUAUCUUUGAUAGGAAGAUUGUUCUCCCGGAGCCACACAUGUUGAACAUACAUUUAUUAUAUUAUUUAUUGAGCAGUUUUAUCUGAUGUAUGAUGUAUCAUGUGAUUCGGUGAACAGUACCAUGUUUAUCCAUACUGAUACCAGUAGUUAUGCAAGUUCCGUAAACAUGGUCGUCUAGCAAAACCUGUCAUUGUGUGUCUCAGUACAAGAUCUCAGAAUACACACUCAUCUACUCACCAUUACACAUAUUUCCUAUAUGUCCAGAUGUAACAGAAGUUAUUUAGUGAAAGGAGAAUGUAUUUAUGGAAAUAUAUUAAUACAGGGGCUGUUACCUCAUAUAUCGUCAGUAUGUGAUGUGCAGUGGUAUCCUUACUGAACCUGUUAUCCCUCUCAGAGAAUAAUCCUAUAUACAUGUAUCUUGGAACCUCCAUGUGUAUCCCAAUCAAUGGAGUAGCCUCAUGGUUAAAGCGUUUGCUCAUUACACCAAGGGUUCAAUUCCCCACAUACAUACAAUGUGUGAAGCUCAUUUCUGGUGUCCCCUGCCGUGAUAUUGCUGGAAUAUUGCAAAAACAAGCAUAAAACCCAGAUCACUCACUCAGUGUAUAUGUAUCAUUGCAUAUGAGAGUCCCUCAUCUGUAUUGCUUACUAAGAAAGACAUAGCAAGGAUAUAAUCUGAACUGCUGAUCAUAAAAUGUGAAUAUUGUUAGUUUGAUUCAAGUUACAAAAUGAUUGUUCAUCUGCAAACUUAAUGGUUUAUACCACUCAAACUCAAAGGGAUAUUCUAUGGAGACAGAAAGUGAUGAAUUGCUUGGACAUGUUGUCAGGCAAGUAGUAUGCCAAGCAACAUACCAACUUGAAAUCAAAAUACACAUUUCAAUAUGUUACUGUCCUUGUUUUUAAAAUUGUAUGAAUAUGAUCAAAACACCGACAGCAAGGUGUAUUAACCAACAAAACAUCCGACAUCUCGGCAAUGUUUAAUGUGAAGGUAAUAUCCAUGAAUAGUGAUAAGGUUUCCUUCUUUUAAACUCUGUUUUAUGUAUGCAGGCAUUCAGCUU